CUCACAGGACGCUCAGCUCCGGACGUGAGGGCUUCAUUUCUAGGAAGGAUACCGUUAUCAGGAAGAAUGUUUUUCAGACAGAACACAUUCCUCAUAGAUCUUUCGAUAUUUUAUUCCAUAAUGUAGUGAAUGAUAUAUUCCCCGUAUUUUCAGACUUUGGCCCUUUUUCUUUUGUCUUGUGAUCACUCCGUCGUGUUCUUGGCUCACAGUCAGACGGGAUGUGGUACAGAAGUGAAUUAGAGGAUGGAUACGAAUCUAAUAAAACAGGGUCCAGUGGUGCGGGUUCUCCAGGAUGGGUCCCUGGGAGCGGUAUCUAUGGCGGGCGCCGACACAGCGCCGUGUCUGACAGUGGGGACACCGGGAUCGGGACCUACUGCUCUGACAGCGUGGAAGAUGACUCCAGUUCCAGUACCACGCCGUUGUCUUUUCAGCCGCUAACGUCGCAGCAUCAUGUGGGUCAGGAUGAAGGUUCCGUCCCCCUGGUCCACGUCAUGCUGUCCCCGUCCUCCUCCCCGUACACCGGCUGCAGUACGCCAGCCUCCACCGGCAGCACUACAGGGCGUUGGAGCAGAUCCUGCCAGCUGCUAACGCCCGCCGUGACUCCGCCGGGGGUCUGUCUGGACAUGAAGGACAAUCAGCCCCUGCGGAGGUGCUCCUCUCUCACCAAGCUGCCCUCGGGGGCGGAUAGAAGCUCGAGUAGGUCAUCUGGUCUUCAGUUCAACCCACAAGGCUCCCUGGAUCGAGGACUGCUCCAUGGGUACAGGAAGGAGCCCCUCGCUUCUAAAGUGGAUCUUUACCUCCCCUUGUCUUCCUCUUUGCUCUGCCACAGCCUUCUGCAGCGCUCUCCGGGGGCCGGCCCCUGCUACCGCUACAACCCCAGCAGUAGAUCCAGUGGUUUGGAAAAGAACCGGUCCAUGCCCUCGAGUCCGUCCUCAUCGGUGAAACUCAACAGUUUGGACAUGAACUACAGCGCUCUACCGGAGUCUAAAGUGGCUCGGGGAGGAGGUGCACAGCUCUAUGGACUCAGCUUACCCAAACCAGCUGACUCACUGACAGAUCAUCAGACCGACAGAGGGUCCCCCAUUCAGCCGGCGGUGCGCACCCAGAUGUGGCUCACUGAGCAGAUGGAGUACAGGCCCAAAGUAGAGGGCGGUGGUCCACUCACUCCGAUCGGUGCUGCUGGAUCAGAGGGCUGUGGAGAGGCGCCUUCAUCAUGUCCACAGGAACCGGGGCUUCACCAGGUGCUGAUGGGGACCUCUCUUCCUGUACACACUCUUGUGAAGGUGAAGGAGGGUCUGCUGAGACAGAGAGAGCUGGAGAUAGAGAGACAGAAGCAGCAGAUCCUGCAGCUCCAUGCCCGGAUCAGAGAGAACGAGCUGAGAGCAGAGCAGGUGCUACACAGCCAGCGGGGUUGGUUGGAUGACCCGCCCUUCCAAAAGGAAUCAGCGUUGAGAACAUGCAAACAGCCCUCUGAUAGGCUGUGCUGCGAUGAGGAGCUCGGGAGGAAGCUGGCGGUGGCUGAGCUGGAGGUGCUCCAACUGAACGAGUUCUUCAAGCAGGUCAACCACAAGUAUACCGAGGACAUCAGGAAACUGGGGGAGAAGAUAAAGACGAGGGACCGCUACAUCAGCAGUCUGAAAAAGAAAUGUCAGCGGGAGAGCGAACAGAACCGGGAGAAACAGCAACGCAUCGAAACCUUGGAGAAGUACCUCUCAGACCUGCCCACGCUGGAUGAGGUGCAGACCCAGACCCAGCAGCAGGAGCAGGUCCAGCAGAAAGCCAAGCAUCUGGAGAGAACUGCAUCCCGACUACAGCAGAGCCUGGAGGAAGGGUACGCCCUGAUGAAGGAGAAGGACAUCAGGAUGGAGAUGCAGGCCAUGAGGGAGAAGGAGCUGAUCGCCUCCGUGCAAAGCCUGCAGCAGAAAGUGCAGUUCUGUCUGGCUGAUGGUGUGAGGCUGCCCAUGCAGGACCUGAAUCGUCUGGAGGUGGAGAACACGGAACUCCUGGAGCAGCAGGACCACAGCAGCAGGCUAAUCGAGCAUCAGAAGGAACGGAUUGAGAGGCUGACCUCGCAGCUAACGGCCACUAAUACGAGACUGCAGAAGCAAAGAAGCCUCCCCCAGGAACAGGAAACAGAGGAAAGCCGGGCCCCCCCACCCAGAGACCCCCCACAGGAGCAGCAGGCGGGGGACAACGGGCUCCUGGUGGAGCAGCCCGAGGUGGGCCGGCUGCUGAAGGAGAUGUCCCUGUGUCUGCUGGACCUGCAGGCCCUCUGCAGCAUCCUGGCUCAGAGGGCGCAGGGGAAGGAGCCCAACCUGUCCCUGCUGCUGGGCAUGAAGUCGCUGAGUGUGUCCGCGGAGGAGAGCGACAGCAGGGAGGUGGUGGAGGAGGAGCUGAGGGUGAAGCUGCUGGAAGUCGGGCGGCUCCGGGGGGACAUAGACGACCUGAGGUGGAGCAUCUCCGAGCGCUACGCCCAGGGUAAGGGGGACAGCUGUGUCUCCCAGUGACACCCACUGUGUUCCAGCUCUUUUACUUCCAGGGUGCAGAUGUGCCAUGUAUGCCAGUCAUUUGUUGAUCGACCACACACCACGCUUUACCCACAAAAUAUCAAACAUGACCAAACUCUCCAGGGUAACGGAGAUGGAUACAAUAACAACAAAUCUGCCCAUGUGGAGACAACUCCUCUGGGCUGUUACGAUGCCAUGCCUUUGAAAGAAUUCAAGAAAAUGAAAUUAUUGCGAUGUCUAUAGAGAAUGUAAAAGUGAUUCAUGUUUAACUUUGUAUCAGUGUUUUAUUUGCAAAUAUAGGAGGCGCAGUCUGUUACUAUUGCUGUACAAAAGCAUGCGGGACAAAGAAACAGAAAUGGGAUUAAAGGGAUGGAUUAUUUUUACAGUAUAUCAUUAUAUGUGUAUUACCAUAUCAAUAUUACAUUUGUUACAUUAACUUUAUUGUUAAUACUGGUAUAUGUCAGAGGAUUAUAGUAAAAUGAGGCUCUUUUGAUUAAGAAGGGCAGCUGAAUGGAUUACCAUCAGUAUUAGAGCUGCUGCUUGUUGCGCGGCCCUCUAGUGGCCACAGAUAUGUUAACUUAUAGAUUUAGAUCAGCGCCGAUCAACUUUUGGACCGAGGGCCACACACAGAAAAAUAUACGAAGGGCUGGGCCCCCCACUAGAGGUGAAGCCUCAUAAUUUAAGUUAUAAGUUAGCUAAAUCAAUCAACUGAGGUACAUUAUGCUCGAUAAUUGAAUAUGCUUUAGGAAAACAAACACUCCAUCACAGCUCUCCAUAGGGUUCAUUUAUUUUGUUACAAAAAGUGUUCUUAGUCCUCAGAUUGCUGAAAAUGAGGGGAAAUAUGAAGGAUGAAUAUUCACAUUUUGAUACAUAAAUAAUUUAUUGGGCUUUUUUUAUCAACUAAGAUUUGUUUGAAAAUGUUUUCAACUUUAAUUGACUGAAUUUAUUUGACAAUUAGGCUUCUUAACACAUGAAUACUGCUGUUUAAUAUAUUUUUCUACAUGUAUACUUAAGUACAAUAUAAGACAAACACAAGUUUCAUGUGUGGGCCAUGUUCCAUUACACUUUUAAAAUUUGCUCAGGGCCAAUUAAAAAGGGCCGCAAUUUGCCCCUUGGCCGUAGAUUGGACACCCCUGAUUUUGAUAAAUACUACAAUCUUAAUGAAGCCUCUGUAAGCAUAGCAGAGCACCUUCAGGCAUAUUCAGUUAUUGUGACUCAUCAGUAAAUAGGAAAUUGUCUAUGCACAUGCUAAAAAUGAUAUUCACAUGGAUCUCCUGCACCUGUCCUGGUGCCGGAUACUGAAAUGCAUUUCUAGAUGUUAGAUAAAUCUGAUCUAUGUGAAUUUAAAUGUCUUAAUAAGCAAUGUCAUGGAUAAUGUGUCAGUUAGCCAUCAUGCUAAUCUUGCAGCCAAAGAAGCUGAAGGAGCAAAGUGAAGCAGCACAUGCACUUUCUGGAACUUUUUGUUUCUGUGCUUCAGGCGAGUUUGAAAAAUGUAAUAAUUUCUCUACUAAGCUUUAUAUAUCAAACAGACUGUAUGAUGUAAUAGCUUUCUAAAUGUGUCAGUAAUAUACCCCAGCCACUGGAUGGCCUGCUCCUCUACAGGACCUGAGUCUCUGCUCGAUAUUAUUUUACGUUUACUGACUAAAUGUAUGAAUGCCAAAAAUGUUUGUUUAUAUGCAGUGAUGUUCCUAAAUACUAUGUUGUUGUUUUGCUAUAAGGAGGUUUGAUCAUAUUUGUUGAUGGCAAAUAAAAUUAUUUUUCUAAAGAA